UUUAGUUCCCCCCUUCCUUCUUCUCUAUGAACGCAGUAGAUGGAGGAGGAGGAGCUGAGCAUGAAGAACCAAAUUUCGUGAAUUUUUCCGGCGAUUUUGAGGGCAAAUUUUGAUUUCCGACGCAAUUUCCGGGAAUGGGGAAUUGCUUCCGAAGGCCACAGCGUGUUAAGGAAAUCCCAAAAGCUGGAAGCUUUCCCAACCCCGCUUCGACCUCUAGGGAAACCUCAACACCCACUCGCACUACAUCUAGUGAAGACAAAGUACAUGAAAGCCAUCCUUUGCCUGUUCCAACCCGCUCAGAAAAGUCUUCUUCUAUACACAGCAGAGGGGGGAGUGGUCAAGCUCCAAAGUCUGAAAUUGAAAUAUUAUCAUCUCCAGACCUAAAGUCCUUUCUGCUGAGUGUACUUGUGGAUGCAACAGACAACUUCAAUAAUCUUCUUGGUGAAGGAGGCUUUGGUGAGGUUUACAAGGGAUGGUUAGAUAAGGAUACCUUAAAUGCUUCAAAAUCUGGAGAAGGAAUGCCGGUUGCAGUAAAGAGACUAAAUUUUAGAGGUGUUCAAGGUCAUAAAGAGUGGUUGUCAGAAGUGAAACUCCUUGGCCAGCUUCAUCACCCAAAUUUGGUCAAGCUUACUGGAUUCUGCUUGGAAGGUGAACAUCGGCUACUAGUGUAUGAGUUCAUGCCCAGCGGCAGCUUAGAAAACCAUUUGUUCGGAAGGCAUGCAGGAACAUCACCUUUUUCGUGGGAGACGAGGAUGAAGGUUGCUGUGGGUGCUGCUCGUGGACUCUCCUUUUUACAUGAUUCUAAUCCUCAAGUUAUAUAUCGUGACUUUAAAGCUUCAAACAUCCUCCUAGAUGCGGAACUUAAUGUAAAGCUUUCGGACUUUGGCCUGGCCAAGCUUGGUCCAACCGGUGAUAAUUCACAUGUAUCCACUCAGGUUAUGGGAACGCAAGGAUAUACUUGCCCUGAAUAUAUGACUACAGGUAGGCUUUCUGCCAAAUGUGACGUAUAUAGCUUUGGCAUCGUGUUGCUUGAGCUGCUUACAGGUCGUAGGGUAAUGGACAAAUCUCUCGGGCAAGGCCAAACUCUGGUGGACUGGGUGAGGCCUUGUUUGCACGAGAAGCGCAGCGUGGCUAGAAUCAUGGACAUCAGGUUAGAGGGACAGUACCCGAGAAAUGCAGCUUAUUUUGCAGCCAAUCUUGCAUUCCAAUGCACGCGUCCUGAGACCAAAAGGCGACCUAACAUGACUUACGUGCUGGGAAUCUUGGAACAGCUCCAAUCGUCAAAGCACAUAGCCCACCAUUCGUCUGCACAUCAUCAUCAUCGUCGCCAUCCCUCCAGACAAAGCGACAUAUCGGAGCAGCUGAAUUGCUCGUCUCAGAAGUCUGCCAAGCCGGGCCAUGUGAGGGUCUCCCACAGCUCUCGUGUUGUGGAUUGUUCAGAAGCAGAGGCAGAGUGGGAUAGGUGAACGAAUGCUAACUGUUCGUGCAUUCCUGCCUACAAUCUACCACCCAAAAACCAACUGAACUGUCCAUGUGGCACUGGUUGUGCAUUCCAGAGAUUAAUAUUGUAUAUCAUUCUUUUACAAGCUGUAAGGAUAGAGAAAACCACCAUUCCAUCCCUUUCCCCCCAGAGCUAGAGAAAUCUCAGGAGAAAAAGAAUGCCAUUUUUUUGGAAUGAAUAUCAUUAAUGAUAA